AUUUAUGGAACGUUAUCCUGAUGUUUAACCUUUUUUUCCCUUCUCAUUUCUUUGACACCCAAUCCAGCACAAUCCAGGACCAGAAACUUAAAAAGAUAUGUUUCUUCAUGUUAGAUUGCAUGUGUAAGGGGGAAAAAAGGUCUUAUAACUUUUGACUUCUUAAAAGGAACCCGGAAGCUUCUAGCGGUUCAAUUUUUCCCCCAUGGAACAACAGUGCCAUUGACACCAUUAUUGUCAAAUUCCUGCAAGUUUUUAACUUAUUUUUUAUCAAAAAGUAGUGUUGGAGAUUGCUUGCUGUCUAAGUUUCUGCUCCUAAGCUGAAGAGAAACCGAUGGCCGGGGGACUGCAGGGGUCGUCUGCCAAUCAAUCAAACCGUAGAGAGCAAGAGAGAUCUACUGGAGUUUUUGAAUCAGCAGGUACUCAAAAUGUUGGACAAUCUAGUGAUACAGUUGAGGGUUCUAGCACACAAGCCCAAGUGAAAGAGGAAGGAUCAUCAAUGGAUGCAGUUUCUAAAGCAAGGAAAGAACCUGUGAACAAGUGGAUGGCUUUUGGAGGAGAGGCUGACAACAAAUCGAGCAACAUAAGCUUUGAUGACUCCAUCAAAAACUUGAAUGGGGGAGGGAAAGAUUCAAAUGGAAAGUCCUCGCAUAGAAUUUUAACUGAAGCAAACAUAGCUGAAAGAACUGCAGAAUGGGGUAUUGCAUUGCAGACAGAUGCUGUAGAAGGUAGCUUCAAAGUGGCCAGCAAAAUAAUGAAGCCGAGUGGAGAUGGUGAUCGAUCCAAAUUCUCGUUCGAUAAAUUUUCAGUGGAAUCAGCAAGGACAUCAAAUGAAUCAAGUUAUGGACUGGAUCAAGGAGCCCUUCCUAGAGUGUCACAGGAGCUGAAGGAUGCUUUAGCUACCCUGCAGCAAACUUUUGUUGUAUCUGAUGCCACAAAACCCGACUGCCCUAUAAUGUAUGCAAGCAGUGGAUUUUUCACCACAACCGGCUAUUCAGCAAAGGAGGUCAUAGGAAGAAACUGCCGUUUUCUACAAGGGCCAGAAACAGACCAAAAUGAGGUAGCCAGGAUUAGAUAUGCGGUUCGGAAUGGAAAAAGUUAUUGCGGCAGGCUCUUGAAUUACAAGAAAGAUGGAACUCCAUUCUGGAAUCUUCUAACAGUCACUCCCAUAAAAGAUGAUAAUGGGAAAACCAUCAAAUUCAUUGGAAUGCAGGUGGAGGUCAGCAAAUACACAGAAGGAAUCGUUGAAAAGGCAGUGAGGCCUAAUGGACUGCCCCAGUCAUUGAUUCGUUAUGAUGCUCGCCAGAAGGAUAAGGCUUUAGAUUCCAUGACAGAGGUUGUCCAAACUGUGAAACACCCUCACUCUCACAAUCAGACGAUAAGUAAUGAUGCCACUAACAAGGUUGAAGAGCAGGAAAAAUUCAACCUUGGUUAUGUCCUGCCUCAAUCUGCUGAAAUUGAGAACACUAGUACCCCUGGGAGAAAUACUCCACAGUCCGACUUCAGUACUGCUACUGCUAUGCAGGAAUUUGACAAGAAAAGUCGAAAAUCAGCACGCGUUUCCUUAAUGGGGCUUAAAGGCAGGACUUCCAGCUCUGCAGCCAAGCAAGAAAAACAACCAAUUGUUGAACCAGAGGAGCUAAUGACCAAAGACAUUGAACGCACCAACAGUUGGGAACGUGCUGAAAGAGAAAGGGACAUACGCCAAGGGAUCGAUCUAGCAACCACCCUGGAACGUAUUGAAAAGAACUUUGUUAUCACAGAUCCUAGACUCCCUGAUAAUCCCAUUAUAUUUGCAUCCGAUAGCUUUCUUGAAUUGACUGAAUAUACACGAGAGGAAAUCUUGGGAAGGAACUGCAGGUUUCUUCAAGGACCUGAAACUGAUCAAGCGACUGUCUCAAGGAUAAGAGAUGCUAUUAGAGAACUAAAGGAAAUCACCGUUCAGUUGAUCAACUACACAAAGAGCGGCAAGAAAUUCUGGAACUUAUUUCAUUUGCAACCUAUGCGUGAUCAUAAGGGAGAGCUUCAAUAUUUCAUAGGCGUCCAACUUGAUGGAAGUGGUCAUGUUGAACCCCUACAAAACCGCCUCUCUGAGCAGACGGAGCUACAAAGUGCUAAGUUGGUGAAAGCCACAGCAGAAAAUGUAGAUGAAGCAGUUAGAGAACUUCCUGAUGCCAAUUUGAGACCAGAAGAUUUGUGGGCUCUCCAUUCUCAGCCAGUCUUUCCAAGGCCUCAUAAAAGACAUAGUUCUUCUUGGCUAGCAAUUCAGAAGAUCACUUCUCGUGGUGAAAAAAUUGGGUUGCAUCAUUUUAAACCCAUAAAACCCUUGGGCUGUGGUGACACUGGAAGUGUUCAUCUGGUGGAACUGAAAGGUACUGGGGAAUUAUUUGCUAUGAAGGCAAUGGAGAAGUCAAUGAUGUUGAAUCGAAACAAGGUUCAUCGAGCAUGCGUUGAAAGGGAAAUCAGCUCACUCCUGGAUCAUCCAUUUCUUCCCUCGUUAUACAGUUCUUUUCAGACUCCCACCCACGUUUGUUUGAUAACAGACUUUUGUCCUGGUGGUGAGUUAUUUAACUUGCUUGAUAAGCAGCCUAUGAAACUUUUCAAGGAAGAAUCUGCAAGGUUUUAUGCAGCAGAGGUUGUCAUUGGUUUGGAAUAUCUUCAUUGUCUAGGAAUAAUAUACAGAGACCUGAAGCCAGAAAACAUUCUACUCCAGAAAGAUGGACAUGUUGUCUUAACGGACUUUGAUUUAUCAUUUAUGACUCCCUGUAAACCCCAAGUUUUAAAACAUCCCUUGCCUAACAAGAGAAGGAGAUCCAGGAAUCAACCUCCUCCUACAUUUGUUGCUGAACCAUCUACACAGUCAAAUUCAUUUGUUGGAACUGAAGAAUACAUUGCUCCUGAAAUUAUUACAGGUGCAGGACACAGUAGUGCAAUUGAUUGGUGGGCACUCGGUAUUUUGCUGUAUGAGAUGCUGUAUGGGCGUACGCCUUUCAGGGGCAAAAACAGGCAGAAGACAUUCUCCAACAUCUUGCACAAGGAUCUCUCCUUCCCCAGUAGCAUUCCGGUUAGUCUUGCAGGUAGGCAGAUGAUUAAUGCGUUGUUGAACCGAGACCCGGCCAGCCGACUGGGGUCGACUACUGGUGCCAAUGAAAUCAAAGAACACCCUUUCUUCCGUGGCAUCCAUUGGCCUCUUAUACGCUGCAUGAGCCCACCGCCAUUAGAAGUGCCUCUUGAAUUUACCGGGAAAGACAGUGACGCAAAAGAAGUAAAUUGGGAAGAUGAUGGAGUGCUCCUUAGUUCUAUUGACAUGGAUAUUUUUUAAAGGAAAGAGGAUAGAUUAUAGUGUACUGAUUAAUGUUGAUCGACUAAGCGGGUACAGACAUCGACCAAAAAGAGGGAUUCAAGAUGAAGCGCAUUGGAGCCCCAUGGCCCAUAGCCCUUGUGCAACAUUUUUAUAGUGAAGCUGUGCUAUAAAUAAAAAGUUUUAUGAGAUUUUGAUUAAUGAAAAAAAUAGUAAUCCUUGUCGAUAUUAUAUGAAUUCCAAUCAAUUUAUUGUAUCAAAUAUCCUUAUUAAUUUAGAGAAUAAAACAAUGUUAAGCUUUUCUUAAUCCAAA